GGAUCAGAUUGAACAAAAAACUCCGCAUCCACCGACUGUGCGAUUGGGCUGUGCAAUGGGUGUAAUGGCAAAAACAGAUAACUGAAAAUAAGCUUAGUUUUUUUUCUAUAUCACUUGUUUCUGUAUCUUUUUUUUUCCAGCUCACAAUGGAUACUGAUGAGCAGUAUAGGUUAAUCAAGAACGAUCUUCGAAAUGCCACAGUGAAAGAGUUGACAGAUUGCAUGCGAUCUAUAAAUGCUACUACACAUGGACAAGCUAAACUUAUUUUGAGCGGAAGAAAAGACGAAGUAGUGGCUAGAUUAGCACAUUACAUUGUUAAUUUGAUAGCAGGCAAUAAAAAGAACGCAUUAGCCGCUGUUGUAGAUAUUGUCAAUGCCAACGCCUCUAGAAAAGUAUCAUGGAGUUUUAUCAAUGACACAAUCAUGUUGAAUCAUCAUAGAUUAGAGCAUCGAACCAUUUAUCGUCCUACAUCCAUUUCAGCACCUGCAAUUCCAGUAUUUGAAGAUAACGACCAAGUUAGGUUCAAGUGUAGCGUAUUUUUUGAACCCAUGAUGAAAUUGACGACACUGAAGCUAGCACCAGCUUCUCAAGAACGUAAGGCCAAGCUAUUUCAAUUUAUGUUAACUCCCGAGCAACGCGACCUACUUGCUCUAACUCAUGAAGCAGACGACCGACCGCAAUAUCAAAUACGCUUCUUUUGCGCAAAAGCCGGUGAUCUUUCUGCGGAAUCAUUCAGUAAAGAAUUGCUAGUAGAGUUUCCAAGCAUCUGUGAGCUUCGAAUCAACGGAAGUAUUAUUGGAGGAAGUACAUUAAGAGGAUUGAGAAACAGACCAGGGACAGUGAAUCCGCCAGAUUUGACAGUCAUGAUAAAGAAACAUGCCUUGAAUAAUGUAGAAUUGGUUUAUAUAAAUUCGGAAUCAAUGUAUAUUGCGGGCAUAUAUAUGGUAAAAAGAACACCUAUAUCAACUUUACUAGAAGGGAUGAAACAAAGAGAGAUACCAAAAGAAAGAGUAUUAAAAGACAUACAAGAUAAACAAGAAGAGGAUGACGUUGUUAUGGAAUCACAGACACUUUCGAUGAAAUGUCCGCUUGCGUUCACGCGUAUCGUUACGCCCAUUCGAUCAACUCACUGUAAUCACCUUCAAUGCUUUGAUGCAAAUACAUUUUUGCUCAUGAACGAACAGACACCAACAUGGUCUUGUCCGGUUUGUUAUAAACGAAUAGAAAACUGUGAUGAUCUCGUUUUGGAUGGUUAUUUCAUGGAAAUAUUGAAAAAUACACCAAAACAUAUCGACAGCGUGCGGGUUGAGCCCAAUGGGCACAUUACGAUCGUUGAUGAACACCCAUCAAUGGACGAAGAGGAUGACUCAGAACAAGAAAUAGAACAUCUAAAGAAAGAAGAAACAGUAGUUGAGCUACUAGACGAUGAUAGUGAUAACAAUACAAGUAUACCUCCUAAUAAUCAUGAUAAUUCAAAUAAGCGUCCACGACUGAAUGGGGAAAUUGAUACAGAGCCUCCACCACAGCAACAAAAUACAGCGAAAAGGAUACGACAGGAUGUUAUUGAUCUAACGCUAAGUAGUGAUGAAGAAGAAGAAAGUUCAAGUAGGCAUGUAGAUACAACAGCAGCAACACAUCCAUAUCAACAAGAACAAAUGCAACAGCAACAAGAGGAACCACUGAUGACCUUACAUAGCAUCGACCCUGACCAAAGCUUUGCAAUAUCCGAUAUCUUACAUCCAGUUACUCAGUAUUCUGUACAUGACCUUCUUUCUUCACCGAGUGUACGUCCUCCUUCACCUGAAAAUGCAUCUUCAUUAUGA